AUGAAAGGCAUACAACUCAAGGAAUAUGUCGAGGGACCCGAAGGCCUGAAAGUCCUCGACCUACCCACUCCUACCCCAAAGGCCACCGAAUACCUGAUCGCUAUUCACGCGUCUGCCACAAACUUCUUCGACCUUCUCCAGAUCCGCGGCAAAUACCAACACCAACCUGCUUUCCCAUGGAUCGCAGGGUCCGAGUUCUCCGGUGUUGUCCUCAAAGCGCCAACCUCCCUGCCGGGUGGAAAGACGCCAAAGUUCAAGGAGGGGGACAAAGUGUUCGGAGCCAGUCAGGGCGGGUAUGCGACCCACAUCGUAUGUACGGAAGAGCGACUGAAGGGCGUACCUGAGGGUUGGAGUUUCGCGGAUGCGGCCGGCGUAUUCGUCACGGCGCCGACGAGUUAUGCUGGGCUAGUAACCCGGGCAGGAAUCAAGAAGGUAGGUGACUGGGUCCUUGUCCAUGCCGCUGCCGGUGGAGUCGGUCUCGCUGCCGUCCAAAUCGCCAAAGCAUUCGGCGCCACUGUCAUCGCAACCGCCGGAACACAACACAAGCAGGAUGUCGCACGCGCAUUCGGCGCAGACUAUGCUGUCGACUAUCGCCAAAAGGACUGGCCCGAGCAAGUCAAGAAACUGACGCCCAAGGGUCGCGGUGUAGAUAUCGUAUACGACCCUGUCGGUCUGAUCGCCCAGUCGAUGAAGUGCACUGCUUGGAAUGGCCGACUUCUUGUCAUCGGUUUCGCUGCUGGAGAUAUCGAGAAGAUGGCGACGAACCGUAUCCUUCUCAAGAACGUUUCUGUUGUGGGAUUGCACUGGGGUGCAUACGCAAUAAACGAGCCGGAGAUGCAAGACAAAGUGUGGGAUGGUAUCUUUGAGUUGGUGAAGGAAGGAAAGUACAGAGGCACAGCGUUCACGGACAAGGAGUUCGUUGGGCUGGAAAGUGUACCUGCUGCAUUGAAGGCGCUAGGUGCAAGAGACAGCUGGGGCAAGGUCGUUGUCAAAGUACCCCAGGAAGGUGGAAGCAAGAUCUAAAUAUGUGCUAUGAAAAAUUCCCAGACUAUAUGGCUGUAUUACAGCGACUCAGAA